CGGAUCUAGAGUGACUGGAGCGCAGCGACGGAGAAUCACAGCAGCACAAACCCACUGCGCUCAUGGCACCAAGGAGAAUGGAGACCAAACCAGUCAUUACCUGCCUCAAAACACUCCUCAUCGUCUAUUCCUUCGUCUUCUGGAUCACGGGGGCGAUCCUGCUGGCCGUGGGAUUAUGGGGGAAGUUCAUUCUGGGUCCCUACAUCUCUCUGAUCGCUGAAAACUCCACCAAUGCUCCCUACGUGCUCAUCGGGACCGGGAUCACCAUCAUUGUGUUCGGGCUGUUCGGAUGCUUCGCCACGUGCCGCGGGAGUCCAUGGAUGCUCAAACUGUAUGCCAUGUUCCUGUCUCUGGUGUUCCUGGCGGAGCUGGUCGCUGGCAUCUCGGGCUUUGUUUUCCGUCAUGAGAUCAAAGGCACCUUUCUGAGGACGUACAACGAGGCCGUUGAGAACUACAAUGCCCAAGACGAGAGGAGCAUCGCGGUGGACAACGUCCAGAGAAGUUUGCAUUGUUGUGGUGUUCUGAACUACACCAGCUGGUUCUCCAGUGUUUAUUAUCCUGAGAAUGGACUUCCUCCGAGCUGCUGCGCUAACAUCUCCGACUGCACCGCCUCAGACCUGCGAAACGCCACCAUAGCUCCCACCAAAAUCCAUCAGCAGGGCUGCUAUGAGUUAGUGACGACUUUCAUUGAGACUAACAUGGGCAUUAUUGCUGGAGUAACGUUUGGAAUUGCAUUCUCGCAGCUGAUCGGGAUGCUGUUGGCCUGCUGUCUGUCGCGAUUCAUCACUGCCAAUCAGUACGAGAUGGUGUAGCGGCGUGUGCACAGGCACAGAAGACGUACGACAUCUUGGAAAAAGGGAAAGCAACCCAAAAAUGCUAGCACAAUCCAUUCUUUCUCAUCUCUUUUCUUAUUCUUUCUCUCCUUUUAUCUUUCAUUCUGUCUUUCCUGUCUUCUUUUUUCUCCUUUCCGUCAUUCCUUAAUCAUGCAGUUGUGCCAUGACCAAAACCUCUCCUUUCAAAACGUCAGCGUUAGCGAGGAAAAGGAAAUGGUUUUAAGACGCACUCCUGCGCACGCAUACUCUGUACAAAAACCUUGCAUGCGAAAACCAUCUCACACACACACACACACACACACACACUAAAACUAAAGUUAACAGUGUUUUUGUAACACUGCGUCCUAACCAGUCACACAAAAGCCAAUCGAUAUCUCAAUCUCUCACUAGCUGCAUAUCAAAUAUGUUCAGGUUAGCUUUGGUUUUUAGACUUUUUCUAUUUUUAGACAGAGAAAUUACUUAUUGCUUGGGACAUGAAUGCAACUUAAGUGUGAUCUGUUAGAUAUUUAUCCUUUUUUUGAGAAGAAAAAAGAUUUAAAAGCAGUUUUUUCUUUGUUUCUAUUUGCCACAUUGCAGUUGGUAUAGCUUCGCCCCCCGGUGAAUUCUCAUUGGUCCAGAUAGAUGUAUAUUACACAUCAGACGUUCUGAUUGGCUAUUUCGGACAUUGGCUUUUGGCUAUUUAGGACACGGUGUUACUUAACCCCUAGAAAGUGAGAUUUGUUAGUUAAUUGCUUUUUCAAGAGGAAAUCUAUUAAAAAUGAAAAAAAAAAAACCAAUGCAGAUGACAAGAUGUUUUUGUUGUUGUUGUUGCUGUCGUAAAAUCUUUGGCAAAGGGGUUUAUCUCAGAAAUUGCUUUUUUUUUUUGUCAUAUCAUUUGGAUUUCAUUUUUUGCUCCACACAUCAGCGCUGGUUUGAAAAAAGAUUCAACAUAAUACACGUACAGAGUCAAAACCGUCAAUUUGUCUUGUCGUGAAAGCCAAAAACAAGCAAUUUUCUGCCACAUAUAGCCAGAACUCCCAUUUAGCCUGAAGUCUUAACAUGAGCAUUUGAAACUAGUGGCUUUUACAUUGUUGUAAGACAAGCAGAUGUAUUAGAGUACUAACUGAACACUGUUUAAUGGGUAAUUAUGCAUUUUAUGAGUUGUAGUUACGGUUUAACACCAUUUCUACCUAGAGACACUCUGUAUUUUCUAUUAUUUAGAGGCUUUUUACUGUAGGAAUGUAAUCGCACCUCAGUGUUGAGGAUGUUCAUGCUUAACAAUUGUUUUCAAGCAGAUGAUUAUAUGCAUGAGAUAAAUGAAGGAGAAAUAUAAUUUCGGUAUGAUUACAAAUAUUUAUAAAAAUGCUAUAUUGAGAAAUUUUUUUAUUUUUUUUUGAAAGGCUACCGUUUGUCAAAACACUUUGAUCUAUUUAUGAUAUGAUUAUGCUACCCGCUCUUAAAAACAGUUGGAUCGUUCAAAUGCUGGGAAAAGAUUGAUUUACGACUUUAUAUGAAUUGAAAUAAUGGCAGGUUUUCUGGAGGUCAGGAAUUCUAGGAUCACUUGUUCUUUGCAUAAUAAAACGCUUUAUUGGUUCGCAGUUUUUGCUAAAAAUCAACCAAGCUUUAGACGCCGCUGCUGUUUAUUUAUUGUUUAUUUAUUUGCAUGUGUGGUAGAAAUCACUGCAGUCUUUGGCUUUCUUUACUUUUUCUUUUGAAUCGUGAAGUACUGUCAGCUGGAUUCCAUAUUUACACGUCAAUGUGCAUUUCUCUUUUUACAUUUCAUUUUGUGUUGUUGUUUUGUAUGUUUUUUUUUUCUCAUUGAUCAUUAAUUUUCAUUUAAGACACAUAGCUGUUAUAUUAAAAUGUUAAAGCAUCAUUUCUGCAGCUGCCCCUAGUGUUGAUGGGUCAUUAAGUAUUAGAGUCCAGAAUUCAUAGUCUGAACACACGUGAUGAACUACACAUCUCCAGAUAGUCGAGCGGAGUAAUAAUAUACUUUGUUUAAUAAAAAGAAAACUUUUUAAAAUGCAUCACCAGCUAGCAUGCCAAUAAAAUGUACGUUGAUAUUGUAAACAACCGUAAUCUCUAUGAAUAAAAUGGUUCUUCGUCGUUA